CCGAAUUGCGAUCUCUGCGAUCCCCUCCCUCCUCCUCUCGGGUGGAACUUCCUAGGGGGAGAGGCAGGGUCCAGCGCCCAGAGGCCGGGCUCCCGGAACAGCUCCCCGGGAUGCUGCUGCUGUGGGUGGCGGUGGUCGCAGUCUCGGCGCUGGCAACACCAGCUCCUGGGGCAGGUGGGCAGAGGCGGGGAGCAGUUCAGGCUUGGCCAGAUGCGCCUAACGUGGUGCUAGUCGUGAGCGACUCCUUCGAUGGAAGGCUAACAUUUUAUCCAGGAAGUCAGGUAGUGAAACUUCCUUUUAUCAACUUCAUGAAAGCACAUGGCACUUCCUUUCUGAAUGCCUACACAAACUCUCCGAUCUGCUGCCCAUCGCGCGCAGCAAUGUGGAGUGGCCUCUUCACUCACUUAACAGAAUCUUGGAAUAACUUUAAGGGCUUAGAUCCAAAUUAUACAACAUGGAUGGAUGUCAUGGAGAAGCAUGGCUACCGAACACAAAAAUUUGGAAAACUGGACUAUACUUCAGGACAUCACUCCAUCAGCAAUCGUGUGGAAGCCUGGACAAGAGAUGUUGUUUUCUUACUCAGACAAGAAGGCCGGCCUAUGGUUAACCUUGUCCCUAAAAAGACUAAAGUAAGAGUGAUGGAAGGGGACUGGAAGAAUACAGAUAGAGCAGUAAAUUGGUUAAGAAAGGAAGCAAUUAAUUACACUCAACCAUUUGUUCUGUACUUGGGAUUAAAUUUGCCACACCCAUAUCCUUCACCAUCUUCAGGAGAAAAUUUUGGAUCUUCAACAUUUCACACAUCUCUUUAUUGGCUUAAAAAAGUGUCCUAUGAUGCCAUCAAAAUCCCAAAGUGGUCACCUCUGUCAGAAAUGCACCCUAUAGAUUAUUACUCUUCUUAUACCAAAAACUGCACUGGGAAGUUUACAGAAAAAGAAAUUAAGGAUAUUAGAGCAUUUUAUUACGCUAUGUGUGCUGAGACAGAUGCUAUGCUUGGUGAAAUUAUUUUGGCUCUUCACCAGUUAGAUCUUCUUCAGAAAAGUAUUGUCAUAUACACCUCAGACCACGGAGAGCUGGCCAUGGAACAUCGUCAGUUUUAUAAAAUGAGUAUGUACGAAGCUAGCGCCCAUGUCCCACUUUUGAUCAUGGGACCGGGAAUUAAGACCAACCUACAAGUAUCAAAUGUGGUUUCUCUUGUGGAUAUUUACCCUACUAUGCUUGAUAUUGCUGGAAUUCCUCUGCCUCAGAACCUGAGUGGAUACUCUCUGCUGCCAUUAUCAUCAGAAAUGUUUAAGAAUGAACAAAAAUUCAAAAACCUACAUCCACCCUGGAUUCUGAGUGAAUUCCAUGGAUGCAAUGUAAACGCUUCCACCUACAUGCUUCGAACUAACCAAUGGAAGUAUAUAGCCUACUCUGAUGGUGCUUCAGUAUUGCCUCAACUCUUUGAUCUUUCCUCAGAUCCAGAUGAACUAACAAAUAUUGCUACAAAAUUUCCAGAAGUUACUUCUUCUUUGGAUCAGAAGCUUCGUUCCAUUAUAAACUACCCUAAGGUUUCUGCUUCUGUCCACCAAUACAAUAAAGAGCAGUUUAUCAAGUGGAAACAAAGUAUAGGGCAAAACUAUUCAAAUGUCAUAGCAAAUCUUAGGUGGCAUCAGGACUGGCUGAAAGAACCAAGGAAGUAUGAAAAUGCCAUUGAUCAGUGGCUUAAAAUCCACUCUGAUCCAGGAAAUAUUUGAACAAAAAUAAGAAAAUAAUGUUCUAGAGCUAUAUAGAAAUAUGUUAAAAGAUCAUGAUUAAUUAUGCAUUUCAAACAUGAGUUUUAAUAAUUACUGAUUUUCAGUUAAAGAAUGUACUCUUCUAAAAUAUCAAUCAUUAUAGAAUUACAUAUUUUCAAACUCAUUACUAUCAAGACCUUAUUCUUAUAAACUAAUGACAACCAAAAUAUUAAAAGGGUAGAAUCAAAUACUAUAAUAUAAAGUUGUGUUCCUCUGAAUAUUAUGGAAUAUAAAAUAUUUUAACAAUUUUUAUUACUUAUGACCCAUAAAAUAGUUAUUUUUGAGUAUUUGAUGGUGCCUGAUGAGUUAUUUUUAUUUGAUGGGAUAUAGAUCAUUUGGAUGUAUUUGAUGGGAGUAUUUGGAGUAUUUAAUGGUACACAGACUAUGGAUAUGGUGGAAAUUAUUAUUUUUUAAAACAGGUAAUACAUGCCCAAGGUACAAGCUUCAAAAACAUACUAAACGGUUAACAGUGAGCAUGAAGUCUCUCUCCUUUCCCAGUCCCCCAGCCACCCAGUACCCCUUCCUGGUGGCAACUACUGUAACCACCUGUGUAUCCUCUGAGAGACAGAUAGGCUUCUACAAACUUUAUAUUCUUCCCCAGCACCCGCCCCAACACACACACACAAAUGGUAGCAUACUAUAAAAAAUGUUCUACAGCUUGCUCUCUUUUUUUCCAUUUAACAAAGACACCUAGGACUUCCCCGGUGGCCCAAUGGUUAAGACUCCGCGCUUCCACUGUGGCGGGCACGGAUCCCUGGUCCAGGAACUAAGAUCCCCACAUGCCGUGCGGCACAGCCAAAUAAAUAAAUAAAUAAUUUUUAAAAUGAAAAAAAACAAAAACACCUAGAAGUGAAAUUACUGGGGCAAGACUAUAUCUAGCAAAAUUAUUCUAGAUACCACCAAAUUACCCCUAAAGAAGUUAUACCAAUUUAUACUCUUACCAGCAAUGCAUGGCCUCACACUUGUUGCCAACUGGGUAGAUAAAAAUACUUUAUUAUUGUUUUUCUUCUUUUUCUUACUAUGAGUAAGGUAGAUCAUAUUUUCAUAUAUUUAAUAGUCACUGGAAUUUCCUUUACAUG